GAGAGAGUAAGAGAGAGAGAAAGAGUGAGUAAGAGAGAGAGAUAAAAAGAGAGAGAGAGUGAUUGAGAGAGAGAGAGAUGAAAAGUUGUUAGGCUGAAUGUGUACGGAAGGAGGAAGUUGAGAGUUGUGAAUCAGAGACAGAGAAUCAGAAAGAUUCAGAGACAGACAGGUGGUGUGAAGACAGACAGGUGGUGUGAAGACAGACAGCUGUUAUGAAGACAGACAGGUGGUGUGAAGACAGACACAUACAGGUUGUGUGAAGACAGAGAUUAAACACAGUGAAACAGAAUGUAUAAAUUAAAUUAAAUAUGUGGUGAAAGAGGAGACUGGAAAACAACAAGACAACAACAAGAGAAGAGGAUCAGAGAAGAGGAUCAGAGACGAGGAUCAGAGACGAGGAUCAGAGAAGAGGAUCAGAGACGAGGAUCAGAGACGAGGAUCAGAGAAGUGGAUCAGAGAAGUGGAUCAGAGAAGUGGAUCAGAGACGAGGAUUCAGAGACAAGGAUCAGUGAAGAGGAUCAGAGAAGAGGAUCAGAGACGAGGAUCAGAGAAGUGGAUCAGAGACGAGGACCAGAGACGAGGAUUCAGAGACAAGGAUUCAGAGACAAGGAUCAGUGAAGAGGAUCAGAGACGAGGAUCAGAGAAGUGGAUCAGAGAAGUGGAUCAGUGAAGAGGAUCAGAGACGAGGAUCAGAGAAGAGGAUCAGAGACGAGGAUCAGAGAAGAGGAUCAGAGAAGUGGAUCAGAGACGAGGAUCAGAGAAGUGGAUCAGAGAAGUGGAUCAGAGAAGUGGAUCAGAGAAGAGGAUCAACAUCGGUGGGGCUGACAACAGAGCAAGAGAUGAGAAAACACUGGGUCUACUUUCUUCUGGCCCUCGUGCUGAUACAUACAGGCAUAGCCAGCAGUGUGAUCUCUGUGUCUCACACACAGGACAGAGAGCAUCUGUCUAUUACCUGUCGUCUCCUGUCGGAAAACGACACUGUUUCUCAGAUCAACUGGGAGAUGAUCAGCAGUCCCAACCAUACCACUACCAAACUGAAACUGGGCACCUUCCAUCCCGUGUUCGGUACCUACGUGGUCCCAGAGUACAACGACACUGUGAAGAUCCAAAGUAGUGCCUCCAGCCGUAGUUCCAGACUCGACCUGAAGGGAGGCGCUGUGGAGGAGGUCAGCCAACUCUGCUGUGUAUUCAUCACAUUUCCCUCUGGGGUGCUGGAGCACUGUACACAUACCCGGAUCAAUGAAAACACUGCAGAGGCCCAGGAGUCAGAGGAUGCACAGCGGCUGCUAGGGGAAAGAACUUUGGAACAGUGGUCCCUGUUGGUUGGAGGCUCUACCAUCAGCAUCCUGAGCAUUGUGACCUCACUGUACUACUGCUGGAAGUACUGCUGCAGACACUGCUGUCACAGGAGGCGAAUGUUUGAGGUAGAGGCGUAUCUGACAGAUCAACACACAGAAUCAGAAGGGGUCACAGAGGAGCCCCCCCAGCAACCCCCUCUUCCCUCACCCCCCCAGCCUCAGCCCCAGGGUUUUGACCCCUCCAAGCUCUAUGCUAAGAUCAAGCUGGACCUGCUGUAUGGACGGCUGUGGAAGGCCUACCAGGGGACGGCCACAACCUGGGGCCCCACAACUCAGCACGGGCCACAACAAGGGCCACAACAAGGGCCACAACAAGGGCGACAGCAAGUGGCAGAGCCAGGGCCACAAAAGAGGGAAGAACCGGAAGAAUCCGUUCUACAACUAGAACCAGAACAUCAACCACCUCUGGUAGGAAGAGAGGAACCAGUGACAGUGACUGAGCCUGAAACUGAGUCUGAGCUAAUACCUCCACCAACCCUGGAUCCUGGGACACAGAUGGAGGAAAUGGAGUCGGACACUGGUUUAUGAGGGGAGUGUGUGUGUGUGUGUGUGUGUGUGUGUGUGUGUGUGUGUGUGUGUGUGUGUGUGUGUGUGUGUGUGUGUGUGUGUGUGUGUGUGUGUGUGUGUGUGUGUGUGUUGGGAUGAAUAAUGUAUUGUUGACAUUGGUUGAAACUAUCUGUCAAUUAAUACGAUCAAUCUUUAUUGUCCCAGAGGGACAUUUAGUGUGAGAAUAUUAAACUCAUCUGAACUUUUAAACAGAGUUUCGGGUUUAAUGACCUUUGGCUUUUUAAAGAGACCUGUUAUUACAAGGAGUGAGACAGUGUAUGUUUGUGGCUUUCUGUUAAAUAUAACUGAGUUAUACUGAUUCAUGACCAAUAUACAGUAUAUAAAAUGUUUUUAUGUUGUACUUAACAGUUUUGCUUAUUUUGCAACAAGAUAUUUCAUUGUUCUACUGUAGGCGUAUUACUGAAACCCUUUGAAUAUCCUUUUGCUGUAUACUUAAAUAUACUUUGUAUACUUUUAUUUCAAUAAAAAAAUCGGAUCAUCAAAAUUGAUUUCCUUCACUUGACAUUAGUGGAGGCUGCUGAGGGGAGGACAGCUCAUAAGAAAUGGCAUGAACAGAGCAAAUGGAAUGGCAUCAAACCAUGUACCGUUCCACUGAUUCCGCUCCAUCCAUUACCACGAGCCCGUCCUCCCCAAUUAAGGUGCCACCAACCUCCUGUGCUUGCCAUUUAGAUUGUGCCUGCUCUUUCUUUGGGCCACUGGGGGGCGACACAAUACUUGUUGUUCACUGACUGAAGCCCAGGGUAGAGUGACAAACACACUGUAAGGUUAAUGUCUACUUUUGUAACUGAAGCACGGACAGUUUUAACAAUCAUAAUGCAGAGCCUUCAGAACGUAUUCACACCCCUUGACUUUUUACACAUUUUGUUGCAUUACAGCCUGAAUUUAAAAUGGAUGACAUUUACAAUUGUGUCACUAGCCGACACACAAUACCCCAUAAUGUCAAAGUAGAAUUAUGUUUUUAGAUUAGAUUUUAAGAUUAGAUUUUUUUUAUAAACUAAAAAAUGAAAAGCUGAAAUGUCAAUAAGUAUUCAAUCCCUUUGCUAUGGCAAGCCUAAAUCAGUUUAGGAAUAAACGUGUGCUUAACAAGUCACAUAAUAAGUUGCAUGAACUCUUCACCCUUUGUGCAAUAAUAGGGUUUAAGAUGACUUAAACCCUAUAAUCUCUGUACCCCACAAAUACAAUUAUCUCUAAGGUCCCUCAGUUGAGCAGUAAAUUUCAAACACAAUUUCAACCACAAAGACCAGGGAGGUUUUCCAAUGCCUUGCAAAGAAGAGCACCUAUUGCUAGAUGGUAAUAAAAAAAAGCAAACAUUGAAUAUUCCUUCGAGCAUGGUGAAGUUAAUAAUGUGACUUUGUAUGGCGUAUCAAUACACCCAGUCACUACAAAUAUACAGACGUCAUUCCUAAAUCAGUUGCCGGAGAGGAAUGAAACCGCUCAGGGAUUUCACCAUGGGGCCUAUGGUGACUUUAAAACCGUUACUGUUUAAUGACUGUGAGAGGGAAAAACUGAGGAUGGAUCAACAACAUUGCAGUUACUCCACAAUACUAAAUGACAAAGUGAAAAGAAGGAAGCCUGAACAGAAUAAAAAUAUUCGAAAAGAUGCAUCCUGUUUGCAACAAGUCACUAAAGUAAUAAUGCAAAACAUGUGGCCCCUUUUCUUUCUGUUUUCUCCUGAAUACAAAGUGUUAUGUUUGGGACAAAUCCAACAAAAAUGUCACUGAGUACCAGUCUUCAUAUUUUCAAGCAUGGUGGUGGCUGCAUCAUGUUAUGGGUAUGCAUGUCAUCGGCAAGGACUAGGGAGUUUUUUAGGAUAAAAAUAAACGGAAUAGAGUUAAGCACAGGAGAAAUCAUAGAGGAAAACCUGGUUCAGUCUGCUUUCCAACAGAUACUGGGAGACAAAUUCACCUUUCAGCAGGACAAUAACCAAAAACAUAGGCCAAAUAGACACUGGAGUUGCUUACCAAUGUUCCUGAGUUGCCUAGUUACAGUUUUGACUUAAAUAGACUUUAAAAUCUAUUUCAAGACUUGAAAAUGGCUGUCUAUGUCACGACUUCCGCCGGAAUCGUCCCCUCUCCUUGUUCGAGCGGCGCUCGGCGGUCGACGUCACCGGCCUUCUAGCCAUCGCCGAUCCACUUUUCAUUUUCCAUUUGUUUUGUCUUUGUUUUCUACACUCCUGUUUUCAAUUCCCCCCAUGACAUGUUCAUUAUUUAACCCUCUUGGUUUCCCCCUUGUUUGUGUGCGUAUUCGUUUUAUUUUUCAGGCUGUUGCUGACGUCUGGUAUUUUGUUGCCGGGUUUUGUUGUUACGCCCGUUUAUUUCGUGGUACCGGUAUUCUCCCGCACCAUAGUAUUUUGUUUAUACUGGUGUUAUCUUGUAUUAAAUACCUUGUCCACGCA